GGGGGGGUCCAGCGCAGGUCCAAGAAAUCCGCGCGGGGCGCCAAACGCUCGUGUUCAUGCCGUGUUUCGUCUCCUAGCGAUGCGCGAAGUUGGGUGACCUUGGAGGUCUGGGAGCAUGAGGCUGUGCGCGGUUGCCCUCGCCCUGGCCGGGGCGCUGCCCACCCGUGCGCUGAGGGCUCAGAAUGGCACCCUUGGCGGCGGCCCAGAGCAAGGCCAGCGCGAGGCGUCGGAGGCCAGCUGGUUCAAGAAGAUAUACUUCCUCCACCUGGCGAAGACGGCGGGGGGCUCGGCCCUGCUCGACCUGCCGCGACACCUCGCCGUGACCACGCAGCUCAACAGCUACGAGUGCUGCUGGCCGAGGUUCUCAGGGCUGGACGCGUGGGAGCCCCCGGCGGUCAUCCCCAGCGAGGCUCUCUCUGCGCCAUCUCGCCGACGUUCACCCGGAGGGUUCGGUGAGAUCGACUCUGGGCAGAUGAGGCGAAUCGAUGAAGA